UGGGACAGUAAACACACUACAAAAAUCAAAUUUAAAUCCUUUCCUGCGUUUCAUUCACAAUUCGCUGCCACUACUGCUGCUGCCCAUCUCUUACCGUCAAUUAAUUACAGACAGUUACAGUGGCAUCACAAAUCCAAUUUGUCAAUCUAAAAAACAACGAAACACCAUAUCCACACCUCAAAAAUCUAUAGUGUCAAGAAGCAGAAGAACAAAAUUGGCUGCAUUCUGUAGCAAUGUCGUGAGACAGAUGUGGUGUUUCUGUGGAGGAUUCGGACACACAAUGUCAGAAGUGUUGCUGAGAAAUUAGGGCUAUUCUGUUGCAAUUUGGGGAUGCAGGAUUCGGACACCAUUCUCCAUUGUCCCGUCGUCCAACACAUAUACGUACAUUACAUAACAUGUUUCCAUUGGCAGAGUUAUUUCAUUCGCAAUGAUGGGCAAUGGGAUAAAGUGUUUCCUGUCUUCUUUGUCCCUGCCCUCUCUACCGUUUUCUGUCGCCAAUUUUAAUUUCCUGUCAGAAGUUGAUGAUAAUUACUUCAUUGGAAAAGAAGAUUCUAACAUGAUUGAUUUGGGGCUAAGCUUAAAAGUCUUGCAAUCCAACGCUUGUUAUUCAUCGCUUCCUCAUGAUGUGGUUAAUGCAGGAAAUUAUGAAGACCUAGCAGAGUGGCAUCAACCGCAGCCUGGUCCAGAAAGGACAGCACGUUUAGGCCGACGAAAUAAUAUUAAGGAACGCAGAUAUGGCGAAGAUGAAGAAUCCGAUGAGGGUAUUCAAAGCAAGCGUCGUUGGACAUACGUGAAAGUUAACAUGGAUGGGAUGUUGAUCGGUAGGAAAGUAUGCAUAUAUGACUAUAUGGAUUAUUUGAGCCUCGCCGGCCGACUUGAGGACAUGUUUGGACAACAAACAAUGUCUAGUCUGAGAUUAUUCGAGCCUAACUCGCAGUUCGGAUUGUUGUACAAGAAUAAUGGUGACGAACAAUGGAGGACCGUUGGCGAAGUGCCGUGGAAGACAUUCUUCGACAAUGUGAGAAGGCUGAGAAUUGCUUGCAAGAAUGAACCUUCUUGUAACAUUGUUUGUUCUUCAUCAGCACCGCUAAAUAUUCACUAACAAAUAAAAAUUAAUUUAUCAGUAAAAUUUAAAUUAGAAUAUCGAAGUUUAUUUGAAUUGUUUAGUUUUAUUUAUUCUCGAAGGUUUUGUAAGAUCCACUUUGCUAUAAAAUUAAAUUUACAACAAUUUUGUUUAUACCAUGCUAUAUAUAUAAUAUGAAAAACGAAUUUGUAAUAUAAAAAAAAGAAAAAAAAAAUGAAUACUUAAAAUAAUAAAUUUUGAUAGAAGAAAAAAAAAA